AUGACGAUCGAUUACUCGAGUCACUCAUCACCCCCAGAUAGGAUGGACUCGCUCUACUACAAACAUUUACAGCAGCCAGCAUCACAUCAGGAAAAGCAAGACCAUGUCCCUGUGCCAAUUGGUGACGAUGUUGCUUAUACAACAGGUGCAACUACUGCAACAGACAACUUUCGCAAGAGAAACAACAACCAUUAUGCGCGAAGACCCAACAGUGAUUACGACGACUCUGAUUUGGAUUUAGCGAACCACAAGACGGAUAAGCUGCGAGCAAGAAAGGAUGCUGUAAAGAAGCAAUCUCGUACAAGAGACUGGUAUAUUGUAUUGGCCUUGACACUGUGGGCCUUUUAUAUUCGAUUAUACAAGAUAUCACAGCCUCCCUCUGUUGUCUUUGACGAGGUUCAUUUUGGUGGAUUUGCUACAAAGUACAUCAAGACGAGAUUCUUUAUGGAUGUGCACCCUCCUCUCGCUAAAAUGCUGAUUGCACUUGUCGGUAAGUUGGCUGGAUUGGACGGAUUUGACUUCAAGGACAUUGGAAAGGAUUACCUCGAGGAAAACGUGCCUUAUGUAAUUAUGCGAGUUUUUUGUGGCCUUACAGGGUUGUUGGUUGUGCCAAUUGCCUAUCUUACAGUGCGUGGUGCUGGACAUUCAAUUGCUGCUGGUUUAGUCGCUGCUUUCAUGGUUUUAUACGAUAAUGGACUCAUUGCCAACAACCGCUUGAUUUUACUGGAUCCACCUCUUUUGUUCUUUACUGCAGUCACUACCUUGAUGUGGAUCAAUUUUCACAAUCAAAAACGCAAACCCUUUCAAUUUUGGUGGUAUGUGUGGUUGUUUAUGACUGGACUUGGCUUGGGCUUAACUGUCAGCUGUAAAUGGGUUGGGUUAUUUACUAUUGCUACCAUUGGUAUAUCUACAGUAAAGGGAUUAUGGGAAUUAUGGGGCAAUACACGCAUUUCCACGUCUGUAUUCCUACGCCAUUUUGGUGCUCGUGCCGUUGCACUGAUUGCAUUGCCCGUCUUUAUUUACAUGCUCAUGUUUCAAAUUCAUUUUCACUCGUUGCCAAACAGCGGCGAAGGAGAUGGAUUCAUGUCACCUGAAUUCCAACAAACGUUGGAUGGCCAUACAAGCAUCAAUACACCUAUCGAUAUUGCUUAUGGCUCCCGUGUAUUUAUUCGCCAUGUCGCUACCAGAGGAGGCUAUCUUCAUUCCCAUCCACACAACUACCCCGCUGGCAGUAAACAACAACAGGUCACUUUAUAUCCUCACCGCGAUGAUAACAACUGGUGGACAAUUAGAAAAGUCAAUGAUGAAGAGCCCAACGGCAUUGAAUACGUCAAGCAUGGCGAUAUUGUGACACUUCAACAUGCUGAUUCCAACAAACGCUUGCACUCACAUGAAAUCAGACCACCAAUGACAGAUCUUGAGUACCACAAUGAAGUGAGUGGCUAUGGCUUUGAUGAUUUCAAGGGUGACACCAAUGACCAAUGGCGAGUCGAGAUCAUCAGUGGCGAUAAAUCAGAUCCUGAAUCCAAGGAAAGACUCAAGACGAUCCACACAAAAUUCGCAUUGGUCCAUGUCAUGAGCCAGUGCUCCUUGUUCUCACAUACUGUAAAAUUGCCUGAAUGGGGCUUUGAUCAACAGGAAGUGACAUGUAUUAAGAAUGGCAAGAUUGAAAAGACCGUGUGGUAUGUGGAAUCCACAGAGAACAGCCAAUUGCCCAAGGACGCUGAAAAGGUCACUUAUAAUAAAUUGGGUUUCCUCAGCAAGUUCAUUGAACUAAACAAGGUCAUGUGGGAUACAAACAAAGGAUUAACAUCUACACAUCCCUACGAUUCAAGACCAGAGUCAUGGCCUCUCUUGCGACGUGGCAUCAACUUUUGGUCCAAGGACAAGCUUCACAUCUACUUGCUGGGCAACCCAUUGGUCUACUGGUCUGCCUCCACUGCUGUCUUGGUGUGCAUUAUCCUGAAAUCAGUGUUUGUGAUCCUGGACAAGCGAGGUAUUGCUCAGAAAGAUUUUGGAGAAUUAAGGAAAUUCUAUGAUGAAUCAGCUGGUUUCUUCCUAGUUGGGUGGUUUUUCCACUAUUUCCCCUUCUUCCUUAUGGGCAGACAGCUGUUUUUGCACCACUACAUGCCAGCACUCUACUUUUCAAUCUUGUUGUUCAGCGUUGGAUUUGAUCUGCUUACCAUCAAGCUCGUCAACAGAAAGAGACUUGCGGUGGCCGCUUUGUUUGUUUUAGCUGUCAACUAUGUUUAUCGGUGCUUCAUCCCAAUCACCUAUGGUGAGCCCUGGACACAAUCUCUCUGUGAAAAAGCAAAAUGGAGAUCUACGUGGGAUUUCGACUGUGCCCAAUACCAUCAUGAUAUUGAAAGCUACCAUAUACCCAAACCCUUGAUAAUUGAAGGAUUUGGCAAGGUCAAGGAUGCUGUGAGCUCGUAUCUCGGUGGAGCAGCAGCACCUGAAGUCAUUGACGGUGUGAAUAUAGUGUCUGAUGGUAGCAAUUUACCUUUAGUGGACAAAUCCGCUCAAGAUGCACCUAUUACUGCUACACAACCACUUCAGCUAGAGACUUAA